AUGCCUCGGUCAUUCUUGGUGAAGAAAGUCAAACUGGACGAUUUUUCAGCUGCGGAGCUGGAGAGCUCGUACAGUCACAGCCACAGAAGAGGGGAACUCAGUCUGCGAUUCCAUCAUCACGAUAAAGGCUAUGUCAGUGAUUAUCUGAGUCCAAAUCCAUACGAUGAUGUGGUGGGAAGCGACUCAUCUGUUAUCUCUAAAGUACCCUCCCCGAGCCACUCGUCAAUCAUCUAUGACAGCAUCAACGACACCUACACCGGUAUCCAUGGUGACAUCCAUGGUGAUUCAGACCAGCCAGACAGCCCGCGGUCUGAGGUCUCAUCAUCAGCUGGUGGAUACAUCAACGGGGAUGAAGCCGUAAGUGAGGGCUACGCCGUGGACUCAUUUUUCAUCAUGGACGGAAGAUCGAGGAGGAAAGCCGCGGCGAGUCCCAGAGGAUCGGCGCAGAGGCACACCUGCAGCGAGUGUGGGAAAACCUACGCCACGUCCUCCAACCUGAGCCGGCACAAGCAGACACACAGGAGCAUAGACAGCAAGCUGGCCAAGAAGUGUCCUACAUGUGGGAAAGUGUACGUCUCCAUGCCCGCCAUGGCCAUGCACCUGCUGACCCACGACCUUAAGCACAAGUGCGACGUGUGUGGCAAAGCGUUCAGCCGGCCGUGGCUGCUGCAGGGCCACAUGCGCUCGCACACAGGUGAGAAGCCGUUUGGAUGUGCACACUGUGGGAAGGCGUUUGCUGACCGGUCAAACCUCCGCGCGCACAUGCAGACGCACUCGGCCUUCAAACACUACAAGUGUAAACGGUGUGACAAGACGUUUGCCCUCAAGAGUUACCUGAACAAACACUACGAGUCGGCCUGCUUCAAGGGAGCUUUCUCCCCCCUGAGCUCACUGGGGGAAUGAUGGAUUCAAAGGAAACAGCUGAGGUUAUUUAUUUAGAUCAGACUCACACUCUGCUUUUUAUGCUUUCCCCCCACGAAAGAUGACAAGUCGGCCUGAGCACUACGAGGGAGGAGCGAUUUCUGAAAAGGAUCGUGAUGCAAAUGACAGAAAUAGAUUGAGAACACGUCUGUUUUUUAUCAAGAUCCUUCCAUUUCCUCCUUUGUUACCUAUUUCCUUAUCCGGAGGGAAAAGAUUCCAAUGCCUGAUUUAGACUGUCACCUGCUUCGAUAGUUUACGUCCCCGUCCGAGGCUGUUUUGAGAAUCUGUGAAGAUAAAUAAAGCACAGCACAUCUAGCUCAUCUUUUUUGAAGAUACCUAGAUCUAUUUAUGUCCAUUUUCUACCCCUGCUUCCUUUUUAAACAACCCAUCACAAAGAAACAACUCUGAAGCACAAUUGCAUCUUCCAUCCCUCUGUCUUUCUGCGAGAGGCGUAUCACUGGAGUUUAAAGUAUUAAUCACGUCUUUCAUUUUCUUGCAAAGAGAUUAAGUGAAUUUAUAUUUUAUGCUUUUUUUAAAAAAAACAACAACUUAACAUAAGCUCGGGAUACAUCGGGGUAUCCUGUGCUUUUUGUGAAACUGAACAAAUGAGGGGAUGAAGCAUCAAAACACAGAAAGUAAAUGGCAUUUGCAAGUAUUUAACUCUCCAUUUACACAGUGACAUACUUUACCCCUCGUAUACUACACUGAAAUAUGGAGACAACGUGGAAACCUGCCAUAAUGUAUUAUAUCAUGGCCAAGUACAACAGUGUAGUGGGAUUUUUACUCUUAUCUGGACACAACUAAAUCAUGUUUUUCUUUUCCCACAGGUUAAUUUUGGCAUUUGUGCUUUACUUGAAACAGUAAAUAGUUAAAGUGUGAGCGGUGAAGGCAGACAAACUGGGCUUCCAGGAAAUGAUUAUCCGAUGGCUGAAAACAACCAGUGUUUUCCUCUUCCGUUUUUUAACUGUGUCAGUGUCACGUGAGGAUCCAGACAUUCAAAAUGCUCUCCUCAAAAGGUCAAACCUUACUCAAUUCUUGCAAAGUAAUAUUUCAUUUGCUGCCAGAGGAUCUCAUACAGUAGUAUUUAGCUUUGGGUGUCUAUUUAUUGCCUCAUUAAUUUAUUUAUUUAAUUAUUUAUUUAUUUUAUGUUUUUGUAUUCAUUUGCACUUCCUUACGUUGUUGGUUUUCUUUGCCUUUGUUACAAAUAUGCCAAAGCAUUUGACACUUUCAAUUUAUCGAAUACAUUUUUUUAAGUUAACUUUCGUUUGCCACUUUAAUAAUCACGAGAAAUUAAACUGCAUGCAAAAAAAAAAUAAAAUAAUAGCCUAAUAAUGGAAUCUAUGCCAAUUUUAGAAACCUUUGGAAUACUUUGCCAAACCUCGUAGACAACAGGCAAACCACGCAAAUUUCUGUCUUGGGCAAUAUUUUAUUGAC